AGCAAUGACGAUCUCGCAUUACCUGGUGACUUGGAGCGCUUGAUUGCAUUGUCGUCGGGCGAGGAUGUUGGCCGGCUGCGACAGCGCUGGGUUCCCUACAGUUUUCCGGCGCGUGCUUCGGACGCGCAGACAAACAGCAAGCGAAGUGUGAGUCCUAGCUUUGGGGGGUCGGCGCAACAUCGGGGACACAGCGUCGGUGAUGAACGACCGGGGCGAAGACUGGGGCCGAAGAAGUUCACAAACAUGGACAUUCAUUGCAUGAAUCUUUACCUAAAAAAGAAAAUGAACCAGCUACGACACGAAGUCAUGAGACAGGAAGAGGUACUGAGUAUUUGAGUUGCGAAUAGGACUAGUUAGGUCGUCCGUUACACGCGCGUGGGGGACGAGGAUUAUCCUACUUAAGUACUUACAUUUGAUUCAAGAACUACUAGCGCCUUGGUUUCCGACCUCUACUAACUUACUCACUCCUCGCGGAGAAGCGUUCAAAACGAAUUUUCCACUUCUUUAGCCAUCCUACCACUUUCUUCACUUGGCCAAGGGUUACUUCUACGCCUUGUGCUAUCACAAGUACGAGUACAACGAGGUACUCUUCGUCAUUAUGACCACAACAGGUAAACGCGCAAGCUCUGUUGCAGGCGGAGCAGAACAUGGUGGUAAGGGUAGAGGAGGAGGCUCGUCGCAUCCAAUUCGAACUUCAGCGG